CACGUGUCUCCACUUUCCUGGUUACUCCGCCAUUGAUCUUUCCUGCCUCUUAAAAGCUCUCAACGUGCUCCACACAUCCCCUGAAAACCAAACGCCAAAGACAAAGAACAAAUCUCUCUCAACUCUCCAAAAAAAUGCCCAAUCCGCCACUUAAAGCUGUGACUCUCACCCACGUACGCUACCAUAAAGGUGACCGAUUAGGCCAUUUCCUAGCCUGGGUUUCACUAGUUCCUGUCUUCAUAAGCCUAGGCGGUUUCUUCACUCACUUCGUAUUCCGCCGUGAACUCCAUUGCAUGUUCUUCGCUUUAGGCCUUAUUAUUUCCCAAUUCAUCAACGAAAUCAUCAAAUCGUCUGUCCAACAAGCCCGACCUGAAACCUGUGCACUUCUUGAGAUGUGUGAUUCUCAUGGCUGGCCUUCUAGUCAUUCUCAGUACAUGUUCUUUUUCGCUGUUUAUUUUACUUUAUUGACAGUUGAAGGAAUUGGGUUGUCUCAGGUUAAGAAUAAAUGGGCUGUUAAUUUUUGUCCAUGGUCAUUAGCUGUUUUGACCAUGUUUUCGAGAGUUUAUUUAGGGUAUCAUACGGUUGCCCAGGUUUUUGCUGGGGCUGCUUUAGGGGUUUUUCUUGGGGCGUGCUGGUUUUGGGUUGUGAAUAACGUAAUUUAUGAAUAUUUUCCGGUGAUUGAGGAGAGUAAGUUUGGAAGGAUGUUUUAUGUGAAGGAUACUUCGCAUAUUAAGAAUGUUUUGAAGUUUGAGUAUGAUAAUGCAAGAGCUGCUAGAAAGAAUAUGGCUGACAAGGCUAAUUGAUCAGGUAAUUUCGCUCUUGUGGGUUGGUAGCUCCAAAGAUGCAUUCAGGAUUGUGUUUUUGCUUGCAUGGAUGACACUAUUAAGCAAGUGCAGUUUUUCUUUGAAGCAAUCUAUUUGGGAGCCCACAAGGGAAGCCAACUAGAAGGACUAGCACUAAGUUUAAAUUGUUUUCUAUCAGCAAGGAUGAGCAUCUCUGUCUACUGUAGCUCCACUGAAAGGAGUUACCGUUGAAAAAAGUGCAUCUUUAUACUUGAUUUUCAGUAACUUACUGCUUUGUGAUGUCCUUAAAGAAGUUUUAUUACAGGAUAGUAGUUUUUUCCCCUUUUAUACGAUGUUUUAGGAUGCUUGCUAAACAUCUGGAUGCUUUCAUUACAUCAUGUUCUUGUGGUUAGAAGAUGCCCCUCUGUUGGUGUAGCCAGAAUAAACCUUUUGUUGAUGCUGUGAUGAAUAAUGUUUUCUUAUUUUCACCAA